AUGCUCAGACCAUGCUGGACAUGCCGCAGCCGAACGGUGCGGUGCGAUCAAUCUCGCGUUCCUUGUUUAAAAUGCGAGAAAGCGGGACUAGAAUGCCAUGACAAAAAACCUCUGAGAUGGGUGACAGGCGUGGCGAUUCGGGGGAAGUUGCGAGGAUUUGUUUUCAAAGACGCCUCAGAGGCAUCUCAAGAUUCUCGAGCCCCGCGAUCGAACGUGAAACAAGUUUCACUCACCUCAGCGAAACGGCUACAAAUACUCCAGACCCCUGCCUUUGGCAUGCAGGAUCCCCACAUGUCUAACUUGGAUCAACUGUCAAGGUUCUAUGUCGAUUAUUAUUGUAAACAAAUAUGCAAGCUUUACAUCCUGUUCGACAGUGACAGCAAUCCGUUCCGGAACUUGCUCGCGUUUGGCCUAGAAGACUUGGCUUUGCAGAAAGCUAUCGUUGCUCUCGCAGCUCGACACUUUGCCAAUACAGGUCACUCAUUUGAUGAGACUGAUGCGGUGAUGGCCCCUCGAUUCAUGCAUGCUAGAAUGGAUGCACUUCUGUUCAAGAAGCAAACUAUCCAGGCAUUAUCUUCGUCACUGUCCCAUCCAGGGCCUCGGAAAACGGAAUCAACAAUGGCCACCAUUCUACUUCUCAUAUUCCUUGAUCUUCUUGAAUCCGGGAUCGACGGCUGGAACUCUCACCUCCAAGGCGCGAGGGGUCUACUCGUCCUCAAUCAGUCCCUAGCAGAACCUGUUCAAGAUUCUUAUGCGAAAGCCGAUCCGGGAGAUACGAUUCGAAAUACGAGAAAGUUCAUAACUGAACAGCUGUCAUUAAUCGAAACUCUUGGAAGUGCCCUGUCAUCUACGAAGACUGUGUCUGAAGCAUUUAUCAGAAACGAAUGUACGAAGCAUCAAGAGUCAACUGUCAGGAGCUUCCUGGGAUGCCCUGAAUUUCUUUUGAGAGCAGUACAAUUCUUCUCCGACCAAAGAUGUCUUAUUGCUGAAUUUAAGCGGGCCGAUGGAUCUUCGAAUACCUCAAUCAUACGUGACACCGUGAUAAUGCUUGAGCUAACUGAACGAUUUGAUUGCCUUGCGUGGGCAUCAGACCUCCAGCAACGAGCAGCAUCUCCUACGACCGAAGUCGCCAUGCUAUUUUCGUUGUCACAAGCAUACAAAACGGCGACUUUAUUGUACGGCAGGCGGGUGCUCAGUGCCUUGAAUGCUGAAGCCACCGAUGCAACGGAUCUGGUGUCGCAAUUGCUUGGCCUCAUUGAAAUCUUGCAAAACGACCCCGUACUUUUUAAAUGCCUCCUUUGGCCGACAUUCAUUGCUGGAUUGGACUGUUGGACAGAAAGCCAACAAGCUUUUGUCAUGAAAUCAUUGCGUGGGCUCUGGGACUCUACGAGUUGUUUAAACGUAAUAGGUGCCUCGAAACUCCUUCAAGAUCACUGGAAACGAAAGGAGCUUCCCGAUUCUCUGAUGCGUGAGGUCUUCGAUGUUGAUGGAUUGGGUCGUGGCUGGCUCUUGAUAUAA